UGGAGGACAAGUACCUAUGUAGUGAAGGGAGAGACGGAGCCCAAUUCAUAUCCACCAGCCCAGCGACGCCCAGGCAAGAAAAGGCCCCUCCAUAUCUAUCCAUCCAUCAGGCCCUCGGCAUCCGUCCAAGUCGACGUGAGCCGACCUGGCGUCCUGAUCAGACUUACUACUACUGCCGCCCCUCCUCCCCGCCAAAACCAACACACUAACUACCUACUCCCCGCACCACAACCGCCACCACCUUGCACAACCCCCCCGCCCGCCCGCUGCUGGAUCAGCGCCCCAAAGCAUCGCCCACGAUGACCUCCCGGGGCGAGGUGGUGUCGUCGGUGCUCACGUUCCUGUCCAGCAACAAGACGUUACGGAAAAAGGCCAUCAAGACAGCGUACAAACAUGGCGACAGGCUCUAUCCCAUCGUGCAGAGCAUCCAGGCGGCCGCCUCGGGCGCCUACAUGCUCAACAACACGCUCAAUGGCACCCUCAACGGCACCACGCCCCUGACCAUGGCGCAGCUGCGCGAGAGCGCCGACCUGACGAAAAAGACGGUCGGCGACGUCGUGGCCGUGGCCACCGACGUGGCGCGCGAGCUCGGCGCCCUCGUCACGCCCACCAUGAACUUUUUGACCAACUCGGGCGCCGACUCGGCCGUGCUCUUCUCGUCCUUUGGCUCCAUCGCGGCCGCGGGCGGCAUCGCCUUCGUGGCCGUAAAGGUGCUGCAGGGCGAGGCGGCGCUCGAGCGCAUCGCGCAGUCGCUCGACGGCAUCCACGCGGCGCAGCAGGCCCAGGUGGCCCUGACGGCGCAGCGCGACUUUCCCGCACACGUGCACGAGAUGGUGCACGAGCGCGUCAUGCAGACGUCGGCCGACCCGGACAUGGACCACUGGUUCUUCGUCUGGCACCCGGACAACGACUGGCACCCGGGCUUCUUCCGCAAGCUCGAGGAGCGGCCCAUCGGCCCGGCCUUUUGCGGCUACACCCACCAGCUCGACACGGCCUUUGCCUUUAUGCGCGCCGCCCGCCGCCGCAUCGCCGCCAAGGAGGCCCAGGCCCGGUCCAGGGGUAAGGGCCGGAAACCCGUGCGCCUGCACCUGCUGAUCCCCGCCUACCGCCACAUCCUGAUCCUCGACCCCGUGCGCGUGCCCGACGACAUCGGCGACUUCGUCAUGGAGGGCCGCAUCCACGACAACCGCUACCUCGUCGUCUUCAACCUGCCCGCCGACCACGCGUCCCGCUACACGCGCGACGUGGGCACCUACCGCACGCCGCCGCGCGAGCAAAACAUCAUCGAGCGCGUCGUCGAGGUCGUCAUGGGCGCCGACGCGCCCCCGCCGCCCGACUACCGCACCCUCGGCGGCGGCGACCUGCCGCCGGACGGCGACAACAACCACCACGACGACGCCGACGCCGCCCCGCCCAGGACCAAGGAGGAGGCCGCCGCCCUGGCCCUGCGCCGCGCCACGCCGCGCCGCGAGGACCGACGCUCGUCCUUCUCCGGGCCCGACGCCCCGCACCGCAAGGACGACGUCGUCGUGCGCGAGACCAAGAGGAUGCAUAGGAAUAGGUCACGCCGCGCCAGCGUCGAGGCUGGCCACUGAGCUGCAGGCGUGUUUUUGUUUCUGCUCUCUUCUUCUUCUUCUCCUUCUUGUCAUAAAUUGCAUCUGCAUCAUGUGUCAGGCACAGGCAGCAUCUUCUCUUCAUUUUCUCUUUUUCUGCAUCUUUCCACCGGCAGGGUUUCUCACCUCUUCAUUUUUUUUGUCAUUUCUUGAACUAUCGGCGCACGAGUUUCAUUUUUUCCUUCACACUAUACCAUACAAGGCAAGAUGCCACUGAACGCUGCCACGCUUUUUUAACGCAAAGGAACAGAUCUCCUCAUCCCCAUCGAGGCCCAGUAUCAUGCGGGAUCGUCGGCCUAUCCUCGGUCUGUUGGAAAUUGCAAAAGACCCCGGAUCCGACAACGAGUUUUUAGAUACCAAACAAAAAAAAUCACAAAAGAAUGAUACACAUGAGCUUUCCAUUGUGCUUCGUAGUCGCUUCACCCAUCCAAACACCUCAG